CACACUCCCCACCCCGCCGCCCCUUCACCACUUCACCCACCAUGACGUCCCCCGCCCAAAAAAAAGACUGGUCCGCAGCCCAAUACCUAAAAUUCGGCAACGAACGCACCCGCCCCGUACACGACCUGCUCCGGCGCGUAACCCCCCACCUAUCCACGCCCACACCACGCAUCUACGACCUCGGCUGCGGCCCAGGAAACAGCACACAAGUCCUGCUCGACGCGUUCCCCGGGGCGCGCGCGACAGGCAUCGACAGCUCAGCGGACAUGCUGCGGCAGGCACGCGAGGACGCUCGUCUGACGGCCGCGGGCGCCGAGUUCGAAGCCGGGGAUGUGGGGACGUGGCGCGCGCCUGCGGGGCAGAAGGUCGAUCUGUUGUUUAGCAACGCGGUGUUUCACUGGUUGCGGAGCGGGGCGCGGAUCCCUGCGCUGGCGAAGCUGUUCAAGGAGCUGCAGAGUGGUGCUGUCCUGGCGAUUCAGGUCCCGGAUAAUUACGAUGCGCCGUCGCAUACGCUGAUGCGCACUACUGCCCUGCUGCCCGGGAAGCCGUGGUCGAGUCACUUCGUGGAUGCGCAGGUGGGCAAUUUGGAGGACCAGGCGCGUCCGGAUCUCGAUCCUAUUGAGCGGCCAGAGGCAUUUUAUGAUGCGCUGGCUCCGCUUGCGGCGAGUGUUGAUAUCUGGCGUACGGAGUAUUAUCAUGUUUUGAGCGAUGCGGGCGCGAUUGUCGAGUGGGUUAAGGGGACGGGGUUGCAGCCGUAUUUGCAGCGCAUGGGGGAUGAUGAGGGGGCUAAGACGGCGUUUUUGAGCGAGUAUGAGGAGAGGUUGAAGGGGGAGUAUAAGGAGUUGGUGGAUGGGAAGGUUCUGUUGGGGUAUCCGAGGCUGUUUUUGGUCGCGGUGAGGAAGUAGAUCAUCGGGGUGUAGGGGUGCGGUGGUUUGCCGUACUGGGGCUUCGUCUGUAGAUGUGUUGUGUGCAGCGCUUGGUUGCUCCGCACGGCUUCUGUGAGGUAAAGCUUCUAGGGGUUGGCGGGUCCUCCGUGGUUGAAAAGAGCGCGAGGGACACGUGAGUCUCGUAGGGCCACUGUUGUGAAGCUUGAAAAGCCAUGCGGUAUGAAGCCAUGCGUGGGGACGAGGUAAGAAGAAGUGUAACGACCAAGUGAACGAGGUGUAUGUAAUAAGUAGUAAAUACGGUAAAGUAUACAGCCAAGUAAACGCAGUACCGCAAAACGGACAUAGCAGGCCCUGCCA